CUUGUUAUUCUGUUCAUAUUGAACUUGGCCAGCAACAUGGAAGCCGUGAGAUUCACAGAAAAAAAUCUGAAACUGGAAUUGGUACAAAUUCCUAUUCCACAGGUGGCCACACCAACAGAUGUCCUGAUCAAAGUGGCGUUUUCUGGAAUUUGUGGAACUGAUCUGCAUAUAAUACAGGGAGAAUUUCCAUGCAACCGGGACACAACAUUUACACUUGGCCACGAGUUCUGUGGUACAGUUACAGAUAUUGGAUCAGCUGUUACGACUCUCCAGAAAGGCGACAGAGUUGCAGUUAACCCAAAUUCUUCCUGUAUGUGCUGUCAUUUCUGUUGGUCUGGAAAGCCUCAAUUAUGUCCCACGGGAGGAAUAAGAAACACAAUUGGAAUCUUUCGAAAUGGUGGAUGGGCCAAUUAUGCCUUAGUACCGGUUGACCAAGUUCUCAAAUUGAAGGACAAUAUCACUUUGGAACAGGCUGCCUUGACAGAACCUUUAUCUUGUCUGGCUCACGGAUGGAAUAUAAUUAGUCCUGUAACGGUGGGGAUGAAAAUACUAGUUACUGGCGCUGGUAUCAUUGGAAACCUGUGGUUGUGCGUACUUCAUUUACAGGGACAUAGAAAUGUGACAGUAUCGGAACCAAACCUUGCUAGACUGGAGUUGAUCAAAAAGUUGAAUACAGGUUUCACACUAUUAACACCAGAUCAGCUCAAGAAGAACCAGGCUGCAGAUCCUAAUUAUUUGUUUGAUCUUGUUAUUGAUUGUAGUGGCUAUGCCCCAGCUAUAGAACACGCUGUUACUCUGUUAGAAAGAGGUGGAAAACUAUGUUGCUUCGGGGUAGCGCCACCCCACGCUGAAAUCAAGAUCAAGCCAUUCGAUAUUUUUAUGAAAGAACUCAAGAUAGUGGGAGUACUAACAAAUUGUUUUACUUGUCCCAACUCACUCGGACUCAUAGAAGCUAUGGGCGACAGAUACCUAAACUUCAAAAAUUUGGGAAUAGGAACAUUCAGGCUGGAUCAAUACCAGACGGCCCUAGACCUACUCAAGAAAGGAGCAAUCGCAAAGGCCGUUUUCAAGUUUUGAACAAAUUUUGUUUUUUAUUUCGUUUAAAUACUGAAUAAAUGCGUUACAAGAAA